UUUCGGGUUAAUUAUUUUUUAUGCCUCUUUCAGGGUAAUGAAUUAAUUGAAUUGUGGUUAUCAGUUACAUAGGCGUGUUAUGCAAAAGUUUUUAAAGAAUGUGAUGACCUUUGAACUCAUUAAAUACGUAUCUGUAUAUCGAUGAUUAGAUUUUUUAUAUUAUGUUAGUGGUUGUUAUUUAAAUAAUUCUACCAGAAACGCUUUUUCAGUUUCACUAUCAAAUAUAAUUUAAGAAAUAAUUAAUAUUCGUUAAUAGGAACUUAAUUAGUUGUUUUUAACGACAGGAAAUAUCCCAAAAAACUAGUAGGCACAAUUUUUUUGUCUUAACUAACGCAUCUACUGGACUAACAACACCAUUUCACUGCAUGAUCUCCUUAGGUCAUGGUCAAAGCAGCAUUAAUUGAUACUAUUCAAAAGUUUGAACUCAGUUAACAGUUUUACAAGCCACAUGCAUGUACACAAAUAAUGAAUUUUCCCUCUUAAAAAAAAACCUGAUUAGAUUCGUUUAAGAAUAAUAUUAAGUUUGCUAGAAAAAAGAAUCAAUUAAUAAAAGUACCGAUGGCACCGCACAGUUGUAAGGGUUGUUUGAGAGGUGUAAUCGCAGCAAGGAUGUCCAAGAAAGAUUCAGAACCCCCUGUGGACGUCAAUGGGGUGAACGAAGAGCACACCAUCCACAAUGCUAUGCCGUGGUUCGGUAUGGAUAUAGGGGGUUCUCUGUGUAAACUGGUAUAUUUCGAACCCAAAGAAUUACCAAAAGGUGAAUCCGCCUCCCAAAUUGAAACUUUGAUGAAUAUAAGAAGAUAUCUUACGAAAAAUUCGGCCUACGGAAGAACUGGCCAUCGAGAUACACAUCUACAAAUGGACAAUGUAAAAAUAAGGGGUAUAGUAGGGACUUUACAUUUCAUUAGAUUCCCGACUAGCGCAAUGAAAACAUUCCUAAGUUUAGCAAAAUAUAAAGGUAUGGCGAAAUUAGUGACGACAGUAUCGGCUACAGGAGGAGGGGCUUUCAAAUUCGAGGAGGAUUUCAAACGGGAAGUAAACUUAAAACUAGCCAAAUUCGAUGAAUUCGCGUCGUUAUUGGCAGGUUUGCAUUAUAUCGAUAGGAGCAAUCCUUCGGAAUGUUAUUAUUGGGCCAAUCCGACCGAAGAGGAUAGAUGUAGCAAAGUGAAUUAUGAUUUUUCCCGGCCGUAUCCCUUCCUCAUAGUCAAUAUAGGUUCGGGAGUUAGUAUUUUGGCGGUUUAUUCGGAAAAUGAUUAUAAAAGGAUAUCGGGUACUAGUAUAGGUGGCGGUACAUUCCUCGGACUUUGUUGUCUUCUAACCGGAUGUAACUCGUUCGAAGAAGCCAUAAGUUUGGCAGCCGAAGGCGACAACCGAAACGUCGAUAAAUUAGUUAGAGAUAUAUACGGGGGCGAUUACGAAAGAUUCGGUCUUCCGGGAGAUUUAGUGGCCAGCAGCUUUGGACAAAUGAAUUCGAGAGAAAGACGCACCAAUGUCAGUAAACAAGAUCUGGCUAGAGCCACUUUGGUCACCAUCACCAACAAUAUCGGUUCGAUCGCCAGGAUGUGCGCCAUACAGGAAAAAAUCGAUAGGGUAGUAUUUAUCGGAAAUUUCUUGAGGGUGAAUCCUAUAGCUAUGAAAUUAUUGGCGUACGCAAUGGAUUAUUGGUCGAAGAGUACAAUGAAGGCCCUAUUUUUAGAACACGAAGGUUAUUUCGGAGCUGUGGGAAGUCUGGUACAAUUCCACGACGAAAUCAAAAGUUAAAAAUUAAAAAAAAAAAACAAAUUUCCUUAGUUCACGUGUAUAUAUCAAAAAAAAAAAAAUUAUUCUCGUGAAAAUGUAUCUUUUUUUAAUUAAAAGACAGGUCGAGGGGAAACAUUGAUUGUUGCUGCAUAAGUAUUCGUAGUAUCGGCUCAAUUUUUUCCAAUACCCCCACAAUCAGUAUUUCCGGAUAUUCAAUGAAGUUUUGUGAAGGGUAUAAAGCGUGUACUUAAUUCAAAUAUUAAUAUAUCCCUCAAUUUUCGGAUAAAAAACAUUCCUGAAUGUAAAAAAUAUUCAAAACUACUCGUAUUCGUGAUCAAAAUUUGGUUUAAACACGAGAAAUGACAGUUUUUUGACAAUAUAGGGGGUGAUAAAGCAGUGGGGCAUUCAACAGAACCUCUGAAGUUGGUGUUUUAUAAGAUAUCGAAUAAAAUCUUGAUAUACAAUUCGCAGCUUCCAUAUUGUACUAUAUUUAACAUAAUUUUCAUAUUUUUUACAUUUAUUUACAAUUUUUUUAACUUAUGUAGUAAAAAGGCUCAGAAUUAUCAGGUUUUGCUAUAUAAAAUCUGCAUUUCGAAAUAAUUUAACGUCUUCAACAUAUGAGAUGGUAUCGGAUUGAAAUAAAUAAUUUGUUGAAAUAUUAGCACAAUUAUUUAUAAAAACUGUUCCAUGUCCUUUCAAAGGAUAAAAAAAUAAAUUUUUUUUAUAUGCACAUUACUAUUAAAGUACCAACUUUUUUGAUAUUUUAGGUUAUUUAUCAGUUUUUAUUUAUUAUAUAAAAAAUAUUUGUAUUUUACUGUCCUAUUUAUACUGUUUUAUACAAAUAGGAAAAAAUAGUUUUAAUAAAUGUUUGUUAUGAUAUAAAA